GGUUCGAUGCAGGCAUGAAGAUCACCAGGCAGAAGCACGCCAAGAAGCAUCUUGCCUUCUUCCGCAACAAUUUUGGAGUCCGGGAGCCCUACCAGAUCCUUCUGGAUGGCACUUUCUGCCAAGCGGCGCUGCGGGGUCGCAUCCAGCUGCGGGACCAGCUGCCCCGCUACCUUAUGGGGGAGACCCAGUUGUGCACCACGAGAUGUGUGUUAAAGGAGUUAGAAACGCUGGGAAAGGAAUUAUAUGGAGCAAAACUGAUUGCACAGAAAUGCCAGGUUCGGAACUGUCCUCAUUUCAAGAGUGCAGUGAGUGGAUCAGAAUGUCUUCUGUCCAUGGUGGAUGAAGGGAAUCCUCACCAUUAUUUUGUGGCAACACAGGAUCAGAAUUUAUCAGUGAAAGUCAAGAAGAAUCCUGGAAUUCCUCUCAUGUUCAUUAUUCAGAACACUAUAGUCUUGGACAAGCCUUCUCCCAGGACAGUGGCCUUCGUGAAGGCUGUGGAGUCAGGCCAGCUGGUCUCAGUGCACGAGAAACAAAGUAUCAAGCAACUCAAGGCGGAACAAGGCUUAGUGAGGACCCCUGAGCGGAGGAGGAGGAAGAAGAAAAAGGUGGGCGGCCCCAAUCCUCUCAGCUGCCUGAAGAAAAAGAAGAAAGCACAGGACACAAAGUCACCUGCUUCAGAAAAGAAAAGGAAAAGGAAAAGAGUUCGGAACAGAUCCACGCAGAAAGUACGUUCUGAGCAGCAGGGUGCGGAAGGGUGACAAGUGCGGUGACACUGGAAGAUGCUGUGAAAGUAUUUAUAGCAAAGGACUAAACUUAUUUUUAUAAAUCGAUGCUGGCACAUACACUUUUGCCUAAAAGAGUGGUUGGGUUUCUUUGUCAUGUCAGAGUCCAUCCUCUGUUGCUUACUUUGGGCAAUGCUUUUUUUAUUGUAAAAUUAUUGUAUCCGCUUUCUCCCCACUCUUACCUCCCAAGUGGUGUGUAUGUGGUGUGUGCAUUAGAGUAUGUG